UACAGGUGGGUCAGUCCAACGGCAGUUGAAUUAAGCCGCCGACGGAGAUUCCAAUGGCGGAAGCACUAAUAACUUCUUCGACUCCUCCGCCGCUGCAAAAUUCAUAAUCACCAAUUACAACACCACUCUCUCCAAUUUCGCAUCAAGAAUUUUUUCCCAAAAAUAAAUAAAAAAAAAAUAAAAAAAAUGAUCCACCAAUGUAUUUCCAAAGCUCCCCCAUCUCCAUUCCCCACCUUCAGACCUCCGCAAAACCCUACAAGGAAGCCCAAAUUACUGAAUUCAACCGCCCGAUGCGAAUCGCACCUCGAGCUCGAGUCUAAAUCGGCGGCGGUUCGGGUCGGGCCGCCCUACCCGGGUGGGGUGGGCCCUCACACGGGCCGGGACCCGAAUGCGAAGAAGCCCGCGUGGCUCCGGCAGAAGGCGCCUCAGGGGGAAAAGUACGAGGAGGUGAAGGAGUCUCUGUCGAGGCUGAAACUCAACACCGUCUGUGAGGAGGCGCAGUGCCCCAACAUUGGGGAGUGCUGGAACGGCGGCGGAGACGGCAUUGCCACCGCCACUAUCAUGCUGCUCGGGGACACCUGCACGAGGGGGUGCCGCUUCUGCGCCGUCAAGACUAGUCGCAACCCGGCGCCUCCUGAUCCCAUGGAGCCUUACAACACCGCCGAGGCCAUUGCCAGCUGGGGUGUGGAUUAUAUUGUUCUAACCAGUGUUGACCGAGACGAUCUACCUGAUGGUGGUAGUGGUCAUUUUGCCGAAACAGUCAAAGCCAUGAAGAGACUCAACCCUGAAAUCAUGGUCGAGUGUUUGACGUCUGAUUUUCGAGGUGACUUAGAGGCUGUAUCCACUCUCGUCCAGUCAGGCUUAGAUGUUUUCGCUCACAAUGUCGAAACUGUGAAACGACUACAGCGGAUCGUUAGAGAUCCUAGGGCUGGGUACGAGCAGAGUUUAUCUGUGCUGAAACAUGCAAAGCUCAGCAAGGAAGGGAUGAUAACAAAAUCGUCUAUUAUGUUGGGACUCGGUGAAACUGACGAUGAGUUAAAGGAAGCCAUGGUUGACUUAAGAGCCAUUGGCGUUGACAUUUUGACGCUAGGACAGUAUUUACAGCCUACUCCACUGCAUCUUACGGUGAAGGAGUAUGUUACCCCUGAAAAAUUUGCCUUGUGGAAAGAUUACGGCGAAUCAAUCGGUUUCCGUUAUGUCGCGAGUGGACCCUUGGUUCGAUCUUCAUACAGAGCUGGGGAACUAUUUGUCAAGACUAUGGUGAAAGAAAGUGCUAAAAACACAUCAGAGAUUUCUGCAUGAUUUUCUCCACACAUAAAUUCUUAUCAUUUAUCCAAUUCAAUGAUGCAGUAGUAGUUCUGAUUGUCAUAUUCUUAGUUAUAUAAUCAACCCUCAAUUUUUGAUACAUUUUUUUCACCCUAAAUAUACUUUGUAUUUAUUCAUUAUGAUUAUUUAUUAAUUACAAGUGGUACCAAGUUUCA